GUUUUCAGUAUGCUAACAUGCACAUCUGAAUCACCAAAACUUGUGUGAGUAAAAAAUGGUUCCCUCUGAUACAUCUUACUUCAAUCUCAUAUAAUACUGUACGUCAUCAUUUAUGUGUAAAGGUGUUUGUUUUUGUCUUUAGUGUUGGUCCUCUGACUAAAGAAUGACCUUUGAAUACAAUCCUUGCCGUAUUCAGACCUAAAGGCAAUACUGGGCCGUGGUUUCGCGUAGCAAAGGUCAUGUGGCUUAAAGGUCAACAUAACGCCUCGGUAAGCUGAAAACCAACGGUUCAUUCCGCCACCUCGACCUGUUGGACGAGUCUAUACAGUGGGGACGAACGGGAACCUAAAGGCCUUGAAAUAAAAGACUGUGGGUAGAGUGUGUCACCUUCCGGAUCUCAACGUUUGCAUGUCCAAGUUGACAGCUUUUGUUUUUUACAGCAAGCCACCUUGUAUUUUAACUGUCGAACAGCCCCGGGGGCUAGAACAGGUCCGGCAGCAUUCCCUGUCCUGUGACUUCUGAGGUAUUCAGGAAGCCAGAUGCGUCAACACCCCAGAACCAGAUGUGUGGGGUGGGGUGGGACGGGUGCAACCAGAUGGACUCUCACCAGACUGUGGCUGCCACACUUCAAUGACUUGAAUCUGAAGGGGAAUCACCAGGGCAGGGACAAGGAAAAAAAAGGAGUGGGACGGGCGAGGGCGUGUUGUGUGCCCUACAGGUCUGAGACAUGCCUCGACGGUGAAGAUCUGUACCGAAAACGGGUUCACCCAGACAGAAAAAAAGAUUAGGUAAAAGAUCCAAAUGCUAGACUCUAAUAGUGAAAACAAACACGCAUAUGCAAACACCCUACGGCGAUGCAAACAAACCACACGCAAUAUGAGCUACAAAAGCUGGCGCAAACAAAAAGACGCAUAGAGAUCCUUUACAACUCUAAAACACAAAUGGACUUUGACUUGUGCCGUGUGUGUGUGUGUUUGUGUGAAUUGUCUCUAAUCCAGGAUCAUUGUUCGCAAAAGCACCAGCAAAACCCGUGACACAUAUUGUGGCCUCUUGCUCUUCACCUCCACACGAGGCCAGUGGGUCCCUGGUGGGCCCCUUGCUCCCGUCCCCCUCCCACAGUACCACAAGGGCCGGAGAAAGGCCUUGUCCCUGUCUGUAUGAGCCAUGUCGACGGUUGUAUUCAAACAAAUUUUUACGUAAACACCCGGUUGUCUUAGGUGUGGCAGGACCUGUUCUGAUUCCUUUCACUUCGUCUGGCCCCAUGGAGGAACUCGAAGAGUCAAAAUUGGCCCUAAGGGGCCUGAAUGGAAGGCUGAAGGGGUUUCUGGAGCAUGUAAAUCAGUUGGAACGGACCAACCGCGAACUGGAGGAGCAGAUUACGGAGUGGAGAUUGAGGAACGUCGCUCCGUGGCGGGACUGGAGCGACAAGGAAGCGCUGACACAGGAACUGCAAGCUCAGGUUACGAUGAUCAUAAUAGAAAAUGCAGAAGUUUUGUUACAAUGCGAUGCAGUGAAACUCAGGGCAGCACAUUUAAAGACCAGGUGUGAAACCGAAAAGAAACUCCGUCUCGUAAAGGAGCAGGAGGUGUCACAACUGAAGAUAAAGAAGACAGAGGUGGAAACAUCCAACACUCUCCUGGAAAAGCAGCUUUAUGAAUACCAAAACGAGUUACCGCAGAUCAUGGAGAAACAUGAGAGAGAGCUGGAUCAGCAGCAGCGGCGAGCAGUAGAGGAGUGUGAUAGAGUGCUAGCGCAGGUUGCUGCAGGAGAGGAUGGCAGAGGAAUGGAUCUCUCCCGGACCAGCACCCAGUGCGACCACUCCAGCCCAGCCCAGAGCAGCCCUGACUCAGCCACACCACCGAAUCCAGCCCCAGUCUCUGGUCCCGCUUCACAGAGAAGGCCCCAAAAGGAUGCAACCAGCCCCACAGCUUUGUUUCCGCCACAGGUGAGAGCAGGUGACGAGGCCCUGAAGGAGGCACGAGCCGAGCUCGCAGAGGCUCGAAAGAGAUGGCACCGUCUACAGGUGGAAAUUGAAUCGCUACAUGCCUUGGAGAGGAGUCUCCAUAGCUCCCUACACCACACUCAGCUCCAGUACUCUGUGCAGCUCAAGGAUCUGUCCCGGUCUGUCAGGUGUCUGGAGUCUGAGCUAGAAACUGUGCGGGAUGGUCUGGAAAUCCAGAAACAGAACCAUACCCAGCUCCUCAACACCAAGAUGAGGCUGGAGAGAGAGAUCGCAACCUACAGGAAACUCCUGGAACACGAGGAGGGCAGGUUUCUGAACUCAGAUGGUCGGCCUCUAAAGCUGAAGCCAUGGAAGGUGUCUGUUCCUGCUCCAGAGCAGAACGGCCUGACCAACGGAUGUGACGAGGAUAUCUCUGAGCCGUUCUUCACUGGGAGAACUCCAAAAAUAAGCCCGGCCCUUCAGCAACAGCAGGGUCUUCUCAUCCUCACAGAACCAGUCAUAAACAAAGAUGGGGAGAUCUGUACUGUGAAGACUCAGGAGAUUCUGGAAGGAAAUGUAGUGAGGGAGAGUGCUGAGGGUCACGGAAAUGUGGAGACAGAGAAGAUUGACAAGGUCAUCAGGCAAUGGGAAGGGUCAUUCUUUAAAGGAAAUCCCAAGCUGAGGAAGAAAUCUGUGUCUCUGCGUUUCAACCUUCAUAUGGCUGUAGCAGAUGAGGGUUGCAGCCAGAUAAAACAGGACAGUCUCCCUAACGUGGAGGUCCGUCUGGUCAUGAGACGGUCUCGCAGCAUACCCACUUUUGCCCAGUGUAAUGCUACUACAUCACAACUGUGACCUCACAAUGUUACUGAGUAGUGGUGACCACGUCUCAAUGUCUCGGCGGCUAAUAAAACAAAUCACUUUAGUGACGUCAUAGAACUUUUGCCAUUUGACAGAAAAAAGCAUCACAUCAUCAGUAAAGCAUUCAAAAACAAAAAAACUCAAAUAGCUUUUAUGAUUGUAAUGAACUCAUGCAGAUAAAGCUACUUAAAGGUAUUUCAAGGCAAAUUAAUUUGUAUUGAUUUAUUUUACUUCAAACUUGAUGAAUGGGAUUAGGACGUCUUGCGGUGUUUCAGAUUUCGUAGAUUGUGACUUUAGAGUGUGACGCUCUCUGUGGAUGCAUGGAUGCGUACAGAAUGACUAGCAGUCUAUCACUGCAGAGAGAAUGAGAUGCUAAAAGUGAAAUGUUGACUAUGAUCUUCUCUGUUACUUACACUCGCCUAUAAAAGUUAUAUUGCAUGCAUAUAGUUUACGCUUCAUUUAAAGUGCAAAUACUGUGUCUUCCAAACAAAAAUGAUGCAGGAUUGUUUAGAAAACUUGAAAUGAUCAUACUUCAACAACCAAAAAAACAAAAAAAAAACAAAGAAUUUUGCAUUUCUCAUCUACACGUUAAUCAUUUAAACUAUCCUACUGAUAUCCCUGAAAUAUGAAUAUAUAUUAGUUACUGCUUUAGUUUCUUAUGUAUUGCACAAUCUAGUGUCAUACAGGAAAAUGUUUCAUGUAUCAUCUUCUAUCCAAGGGAUUGUAACUCACUCUAAGAAAUGUGGGGAAAUUGCACCAUAUGUAUUGUUAAAAAUGGCAAUUUCAUAUGCACUUUAAUGGAUUAAAAUCAAAACAUUGCUAACUUUCUGAUUUUUGUCUGUAUUCAAAAAGUUGUUUGUUUAAUAUGCAUAGCUGUGCCCCGCUGAGUGAUUUGACUUAUACACUGUAUGACAGGUGCUAAUAAAGCUAUUAUUAUUUCCA